ACCAGUUCGCCUCUCAAAAUGGCGGCUGAACCAACACGGGAGUGGAGCGACGAGCAGCUCAAAAGUGAUGAUUUGCCCAAAAAAGACAUCAUAAAGUUCAUCCAGGACAAUGCAGCUCACUCGUUCCUCAAUGAGCACAAGCUGCUGGGAAACAUUAAAAAUGUCGCCAAGACGGCAAAGAAAGAGCAGCUCAUCAUCGCCUAUAAUCAGCUGUUUGAGAGCAAAAGGUUUAAAGGCACAGAGCCAAUCGAGGAAGUGACCGAGCAGGUUAAAGCUGUGAAAAUAGAAGAAAAGCCCAAAGAAGUCAAGACAGAAGUUGUGGAUGAGGGUCCUCCUAGGUACACGAAAUCAGUGCUGAAGAAAGGCGACAAGACCAACUUCCCAAAGAAGGGCGACACUGUGAGCUGCUGGUACACCGGGACGCUGGAGGACGGGACCGUGUUUGACACCAAUAUUCCCACAGGUAUGACAUCUCAAAGUGGCACUACAUGCACUGAAGGGGUUUCUGAUGUGUAAUAUUUUAAAGAAAAUAGCAUCUAAAUUCUAAUUCUAGCAAG